UGGGGUUCGAGAUAUCGGAUCAAGCGCGCCACGAUCGUGAACUAUGCCGGUCGUCGCCGCACCUACCCCGCCCCCACCGCCGUUGGCUACCGCUACCAUUGCCAUGGCGACAGCACCUUUGCCUGAGGAUCCACAGCAAAAUGCAGUAGCUGGACGGGACUUUGAACUGCCUGUACAUGAACAAGGCUGGAUGCCAAAACCUGCGGUGUUGCACGCGGGGAAAUCCCGUAGUUGCACGGUAUGCUUUGCGCCGCUGCAGUACUCGAGCGUGUCCAGUUGGGACGAAUACUUGAAGAGCGAAGAGUACCUCGGACAUCUCCAGUUGAACUUGUUGAACGACACGUUCAUCCGCGGGUUGAUCUGUGGGGAAAACUACUUCGGCGACCUACCCACGGAACAUCGCAUGCACCCACAGCGUCGCAUCAAGUGCCGUCAAAACGUCGACGACCAUCUUAGCAUGAACUCUGCAGGGCUGUUGGACUCAUCUGACAAGGACAAGUCCCUCGUGCGGACUCUCGAGGAGCUGCUCAUCGACGGGUUACCCACGCCAACGUUCACGUACGUGCUGGAGCGGCGAUUUGCCGUCAUGUUCCACAGCGCCAAGAUCGUGUCGUCGUUGAUGAAGUCAGUGCGGACACAAAAGUUGCCGCGGCCUCAAGCGGACGCCACGCCGCACGUCGAGCUCCAUCACGUAGCGAUCCAUGCCCUGUCAACGUUGCUGGGUUUCUUCGACUUUAGCGGGGAGAACGCGCGCGCUCCUUUCGUCGAGUUAUGCCGGAUGCUGUCAUCGUUUCCGCCGUUGUCUCUGCUAUCGUUCUGGAGUCCGCCGCCCAAAGCCCCCGAAGAAGAGGUGAUGCUUCUGAAAACCCAAGUCGACGCCAGCCACACGUCUCCGUUGCAUCCUGUCCAUUCAAUCUUAGACUCUUCCGAAUCAACGUACUGGCUGUCGACGGUUCGCCCCGGUGUCGCAUACAUUACCCUGUCGCUAGGCUCGCGGACCAACAUCACUGGUUUGCGACUAAAAUGGCGGUCGAGUGCCCAUCAACCGUCGACGAUUGUCGUACAAACCAAGGCACGUGGAGCUGCCACGUACACAUCCCUCAAGGAAUUCCACAGCAAACCGUCAAGUCCGUUCCCCGAUCGCUUCGAGUUGCCGCCGGUGCCCAUCUCGACCGAUUGCGUUCGACUCGCGCUUUCGGGCAUGCCCACUGCCAACAAGGACAACACGUACGGCAUAGUUCACUUGAGCGUCCUUGCGCCAAUGCAGGACACCGCGAUGGCGCCGCAAGCCGUGAUGGCCGACGUCGAAGCCUGGCUCGUGAAUGCUGCAUUGCAUACGAACGUUCCCAGCAACGGCGAUCGCGAUUCGACCAAUGAAACCCCGAAACCAAAUGGAGGCAGCUUAGCUGACGACGCCUGUCUAGCUCUGCACACGUGGACAUUGGCCACGGGGUCUCUGACGGCGUUGCUGCGGCUAGUUCACUUGGCCUUGGCGUUGCGGACGAACGACUUCGAUGUAACUCGUCGCCUUGUGUGCGUCGACUCGGCCAGCCAUGUCCUGCAUGCGAUCGAGGCGCAUGUGUGUGCCGAAACCGAGCGCAUUCAACUCGCGGUGCCGUCGACCGAGUCCCGCAAGGUGCGCGCGGGGUUUGAUGCCACCCUCGGGUCGUCCGGCACGACCAUCGAGGAUGGCGGGGCAUCCGUUCGCACGCGGGAGACGAGCUACCAGCACGCGGUGGUCAACUCGCCCAUCUCAACCGGCAAAGCGAGCUGGAGGUUCCGCCUCGAUACGGAUACCGUCGACGACGAAAUGACAUGCUUUGGGGCGGCGAUUCUGCCCGUAACUAUCAGCGGGUACGAUUCAUCUCCCAAUCUGUGGAUGCUCCGGGGGUAUAACGGCAACUUGUACGCCCGGGGCCAUAAACUCAGUCGGUCUAUUGGCAAAGUUCACCCGGGGGAUGUGGUGCAAAUUGACGUUGACAUGAAUGUGGGUACGAUGUCAUUUGCAAUCAAUGCGACAGAGUACGGCGUCGUCUUUACCGACUUGGGUGGCCAUGAAGUGUACCCAGCCGUGUCGUUUUACGGGUCAGGCAAGGUGAUUACACUGCAAAGUUUGCACAAGUGGGGUGACACGUCAGUGUCGUCGUCGUCUAUGUCGGUAAGAACGAGUGGCCACAAUGCUGCCGACCCCGUAUACGUUUCGACGCUGCCAGAGUACGAAUAUGCUGUCGGCCACGGUCGAUUUGGACGAGGCAAUGUCUUGGGGUACACGGGGGAAGCGGCUUCUUCGUUGAACGGAGCUGCGGAUGCAUCGGCGACUAGUACGACAGCUACGACGGCCUCAAUUAGUGUGCGGUCGGAAGCCAGGCAGCGGUCGCUAUCCAUCCAUCCGCCGGCUCGCGGCGAAGCCUUUGCCACGUAUGACCUCGGGAUGGGGUAUGCGGCGGUGACGGGCGGGGUCGCGCUGAACGACGACGUUUCGCACGAAGUUCUGGCGCAACGCGGCAUCUCGGUUGUGUUUUCGCUAGUAGGCGACGGCAUGUUGCUGUGGAAGUCCAAGCCUGUGACGACGUCUGGUCACAUUGAAAGCUUCUCCGUGGCGAUUCAUAAGGUUCGCAUGCUAGAGUUCCGCGUGAGUUGCAGCGGCAGCAACCACGGCGCGCACGCGAUUUGGGUCGAUCCGCAGCUCACGAUAGUCGACGACUGGGUGUGCUCGAGCUGUUCUUUUGUAAACAAGGGGACAGCCAAAGGGUGUGUCCUGUGCCAACACUUAUGUGCUAGUACUAGUACUAUUACUGCUACUACUCCUGAAAUAAAGACAUCCCAAGCAACCACGAUACAACCAGCAGCCAGUGAUGUAUUCAACCUAUCGAAAGCGAUAACGACCAAGGAACACCCUGCCCUGGAGUUGCUGUCUGCAGGUCCAGCGUUGACGAAUGCCAGCCAUCCAUUGGACGAAGCGGCGACGGCGCUGCUCGAUGUCGUGGAUCGUCUGGGGCAGAUGGUUGUAGCCAACGACCGCCGCCAAGUACCGCUGGAAGCACCGUUUUGCCUCCAGCCGCACAUGACGACCUUGUCGCUGCUAGCUGCGUUGAUUCAAUCCCACUUGGAUACCCUGUGUACUCCAACCCACGGCGACAAGCGCACUGAUUCGCUCAGUGUACGGCGAUGCCAGCUGCUGCUUCAGAUCCUCGGGCGGCAGCUCACUGUGCUCGACAUGUACACAUCGUCACCACCGAUCUCCCCAAACUCUACAUUUGAAAACGUGGCGCCGCCAGCUGCCGUCGUCGCCAACAUCCGUGCGCUCCUCGAGAGUUUGGCGCAUGUCCAUGUAGCUAAUCCAAUGUCCCCUGCCAAGACGAGGGCGUGGACUGGUGGAAGUGGAUGUUUGGUCACCACCCUCCAGAUCACCGCGGCGCAAACGCUGGUGGACGGAUUGAGCUUGCUGUAUCCGGCAUCGUGGGAUCGCACCACGCUGCUGCUGACGCUGCUUCGAAGCUAUGCCCGCGACCGCUUCGACCCGUCGUCCGCGCGGUACUUGAUCUUAUCGCGGCUUCUCGCGCUGUUGGCAAUGCCAGGGGACAUGGGGGUGCUCACGUUCUUCCCCGACGUGCCAGACCGCCUGCACAGCUCCCAAGUCCACGAGAUCAUGACCCAUUUGCUCACAGACGAGUACCACUCGACUUGUGUGGCGGCCGACGCGUUGGCAUGUGUCCAGACAUUCCAGCUGUUUCUGCUGUCUCAAGCGAUUGAGCUGACAAACAAGUCGGCGGUGGCGGCGCCGCGGGGGGAGCAAGAUCACCAUCAUGCGUUCCGCGUGGUGAUCCAGGAUAUGACGAUGCGGUACAGCGAACUGCUCUUGACGUUUGCCCGCCGGACGCUCGACGCCUCCCUUGAAGCCACCGCCGACGGAUCGUUGUCGGUGCUCCGGACGUUGCUUCCGCCGUUGGUGUCGGGCUUGAGCCUGCUGCGUCGGCAAACGUGGCUCGUCCGCCCCCUCUUACCCAAGCUCACGAUGGUGCUGCGUGUGUUGGACGUCGUAUGCGGGCAAGACGACGGCGUCCGGAGGUCGGAGCGGCGUCUUUUGGCGCUGGACCAGCGGCUGGCGUCGUACGCGGUCGACGCGGAUGACGUGGGCAAGUGGCAACUGGAGAAGAACCCCACGCGCGUGCAAAAGCAGCUGUACAAUGUCUUUUCCAAGCUGUACACGGGCGAGAAAGAUCACUUUGAAGGCCAGAUCGGGUUCCAAUUUGAAGCUAUGGCGUCGUUCACACUCGUGGCGCUAGGGAGGUCGGUCCACCCAGUCCGACACGGCGGCAAACUGCUGCACAAGCACACGGUGCGGCUCUGGGACGAGGCAUCGCAGGCGCUGCUGGGGUCAGUGACAGUCGCGUCCACGUCUCCGUGUGAUGGCAUGGGCUACGCGUUCGAGUACUUGGCGGUGCCGCUUCGAGUGAGCCACGGCAAGCUAUAUCGCCUCACGACUCAAGAGUUUGCGAAUGGAGGGGACCCUUGGUACAAGAAGGAGAACCUCCCCGACGAAGAGUACGACCGGGCGUUCAUCAAGAUCUUGCGCGACUGCUACGCGUCGGGGUCGUCGGGGUUUCCGAGCUCGCAAAACUUGACAGGCGCGGCCUACGGUGUCCCUACGUUUCUCGUCGAGGAAGACAACCCCAUGGACACGCUGCCGUGGAUAGUUCCCGUCGACGGACUCCAAGCCGUGAAAUUCAACGCCAAGCGCAAGGCGGCGUCUGUGUCCAUUGGCCACGUCGGCAAUACCCUCACAGUGUUGGGGGAGUCGGGGCUGUGGCGGACAGUGUUUUGCACGAGCGCGAUCGCCAACGGCGUCCACACGUUGGAGUUUGUGGUCAAGAGCAGCCGCGUCGGCGGCGGUGUCAGUGGCCACGUCUGCUUUGGCUUUGAAUGCGGCGUCGGGGGGGACCUGCCCGUGUCGGGGGCGUUCGUCGGCCAAUCCCGAGGCAGCAUCGGGUACAUGCCGGCUAUCGGGUGCCUGUGGAACCAAGGAGUGUGUGUCCCGUUUGGAAGACGAGAAGGAGAUAUCAGCAAGAUUGUCGUGCUUGGCGGCGAUGUGUUUGCCAUGACCAUCGAUUAUGACCGCCACAUGGUUGGGUUUGCCCACAACGGAUGCCCCAUCGGCACCGAUGUGGCCAUCGAGUUGCCACUAGCCGUGGUGCCUGCCGUGAGCGUCUACGGCCUCCACGAUGUGGUGGACGUUCGACCUGGAGGCAUUGCCAAAUCGACGCUCCAGCUCCACUGGCUACUGGAUGUGCUCAAUUCAACAGCUUCAUUAGCUGGUCGGUUUGCGGGCACACUCAUCUCUGGUCCGCCCAUCGACGGCGUCGAAGAAGAGCUUCAGCCGUGGCUCCAGUCGACGUUGCUCAGCGGGGGGCUCACAGGUCCGUCGUCGUCGUGUGGCAGUCGAAGGAAUUCGCUUGUGCUUGAUGUGACCGGCACGUCGUGGGCAGCUGCGUUAAAGGGAGAAGGAUCGUUCUUAAACCCACGGUAUAACCUGGGGAUGGCGGCGGUACCCGCCCCGCCUUCGCAUCCCCUCGUCUACCAGCGCAAGUCAUCUUCGUUGCUCAAUGAUGUGCCCAACACUGCAGUAGACGACACAGACUUGAUGUUGCGAGAUGAAGCCCCAAAGUUGCUGGUCUGGCUCGACAAGUUUCUCCCCGACUCAAUCAUGUGGCGCCGCCAGGAAACGUUCCCGCACGUCGAAGCCGCCAUGAUGACGGCGCUUAUCAAGCACGCGCCGCCGCAUCUCUUGCAUGAAGCCAAAGCCGUGCUACUGGCAGGUCACGACGCCGCGGUGGCGCCAUCCGCCGACAUGGCGCUCGUGUGGAAGUGUCUGUUAACACUCCGACACUGGCUCAUUAAAAGCAAGCACGAGUAUCGGGCCAAGGAAGCUGCUGUCGCCGAUAAUGACGACCAACGACACUCGACCGCAGUGGACUCGACCCCCGACGAGCUCAGCGUAUGGGAGCAAAAGCUGACGUUGCCGCGAUCGUUCGAGUUGUUUGUCCAUCACGUACAAGUUCGUGCGGAAUUUCUAUGUCAUUUGGAACCUCCCGCCGACACGCCAAGUCGGUGGUCACCUGAAGCAUUGGCCAAUUUGGCUGAGAAAUGGACGGCUGAGCACCCGCCGUCCCUGCAGCCGAUGGUCGAUCGGUGGCGAAGUCUGAGCUUGAGCGAUCGGUCUAAGUGGAAUGGCCUCGUCCAAGUGCUCCAAGCCCAGCACAAGUGGCGUAUUCGAAGGCGCAGCACGACUAGUAAUAGUAGUAGUACUACUACUACUGUCGUCGACGCGAGCCAACCAUCAGACAACGACGACGUCGACGCCCCAUCUGAAGACGAACAUGGAUAUCUCAGCGCGAUGCUCCGAGCAUGUGAUUUGUACGUGCGCAACGGAGUCGGCGCCCCGCCCGACGUCCUGUACGCCUUGCUAGAACGCCGAUACACAAGAUCCGAGUCUCGGGUGUUUGGCCUGGACGCAAUGAAGUCGAUCUUGAAUGUCCUAUCGUUCGACUCGUGUCGGUCGAGCGCGGUGCUGUUCUUGCGGCCGGCGCUUCGGGGGUUCACCGACGACGAACGGGUGGCCAGGGAGACGUACUUGGAGCAGCCGCAGUCCCUCGUUGAAGGCGGCAGUUUGGCGUUCCGCCCGACGGUGCGGCACCACUACCUCAAGGGGUUGGAAGGAUGCACUCGUCCAGUGCUAAAGCGUGUUCAAGAUGCGUUCAUGGAGUUGUAUGCUGUGCUGGCCCAAAUGCUAGCCAAGGCCUCUGCUAGUCCAACGUCGUCGACGGGGGCUUCGUCUGGUUCAAUCGUGUGGCAGCAGAGCCUUAUUGGAGCGUGGGCGCUCGACUUUGAACCGCGAGACCACGAGUUUCUACUGCAUGUCGACAUCCUUGGGUUGCUCACAAAGCUGUUUUCAGUCGCGACGCUGUCCAGCAACGCCCGACACGAUAUUGCUAGCAACGACGACCACUCGUUUCCACACGAUUUAGUGGGGGCUACACUUCACAACAACAAAAGCCCGUCGAAAUCCACGGUUGUCGUCACCGAGUGGCAUCCCCUGGCUGAAGCAUAUGUGCGCAAAGGUCUGCUUGUCGGCAACCUGACUAAGCGCGCCGUGCUGCAAGUGAUGCGCCAAGCCCCCGCGUACGCCCCCAAGAACGUUUCCGCCAGAACAUCCUCUGCAUCCUCGUCGUUCAAACGACUCGUGUCGAAGCACACGGCAUCGUCGACGGUGCUUGCGUACUCGGAUUUUUUGAAGUCGCUGCAUACAAAACUCAAGUGGGCGACCAAACAAUUCGAUCUCGGCCGCAAAGUACUCCAGCUCAACUUGGGCGACGAUGUGUCGGUAGUGGAGUUUCCCAUGAUCGCCCCCGCCGUCACAUCAACGACGUCGUCGUCGUUUUGCAUCGAGUUGUGGAUCCAUCCCACGGAGCUGCAAGGGUACAGCACCCUCCGCAGCGAAGUCGGGUUUGCCGACGGCAGCGUUCACGUUGAACUCGUAGACAACCGUCUGCAGCUAGCCGUCGCUGGCAACGUUCCGCGCGAACAGCUCUUUGACCACCCGUUUGCCUGUUAUGCAUGGCACCAUGUGGCUGUUCUGUACGACCACGACCAGCAUGUGGUGGACUUGGUCGUCAACGGCCGCCACAGGCAACAAUUAGUGUACGCCAACACGUGCGCCAAGGUGCAGUGGCGCCUGGCGCGGCUCGGCAGCUGGAUACCCGACGUGACGGCGACCCAAGUGCAGCGGAAGUUCAAAGGAUUUGUGGCGGAGCUACGCGUGUGGCUCGGAAGUUCCCGCACGGUGGCCGACGUCGCCGCCAACUACCAGCGGCGGACGGCGGCGGACGUCGGAGCCUCGUCCGUGCUGUUUAGCUACCACCUCGACGAUGGAGACGGCGAGCUCGCCGUGUGUGCAGACGCGGCACCUUGCAACGCCUUGCUCACAAAGUGCCACUGGACGCGAAUGAACGUACCUGUAUGGGAUGUAUCCAUGACGACGACAAGCAGCCAAUGGCAGCAAGCCUGUGGGGGGAUUCAAUCGGUGCAGCGCCGGUUCCGUCGAUGGCGUCGGGUGCAUCUCACUCGUGCUAUGACUCGGAUCAAGCAAGCAAUCCACCACGAAGAACUGCACGAAGAUCUGUGGGGGUUGAGCGACGAGAGCGGCGACGACGACGACGACGACGAAACUGCAAAGGACAUGAUGCAUGUUGCCGCGCCCAGCGUUCAAAGUCUGGUGGGGCGGGUACAAUUGCAGCACACGGCGUGGAUUGUGUUUCGAUUGGUCGGGAUCGUAGCCAUCAGCGGGAUCCGCGGACGGGUCGAAGUCGAAGCGGUGGAAGCGGCGCAGUCUGCCAAGAACCGUCGGCUAGACAAGCAAGCCGACCACCGGCAGCAGAAAUCGGUCGACGCCGCCAGUGACGUGGCGAAAUCAGCGGCCACGUCCACAGCACUUGAAGUGCCCGUGGCCCAGCGGCUGUGGUUCUCGGUCGAAUUACACCGAAAGGUGUUUGAAGGCAUCGAGCGCGAACUAGCCGCGGCCACGAAACUCAUCCACGACGCGGAAAAGCUCAUUCGGGCACAGCAGCCGUCCAUGUUGAGAUCCAUGUCGACGCCGGUGCACCAGACAUCGCAGGAACCCGCGCCCCUCGAACCCCUCGAAGUCGAAGCAUAUGUGUUUCAUCUGCUCGUGUUUCUCAUUUCGCAAAGUGAUACGUAUCCCGCCCAAGAACACUUGAGCAAACCAGCCGUGCUACGCGAACUCCUCUUGCUCCUUCGCAUGGGAUCUCCGAGAGCCCAGCGCCUCGUGCAGCUGCUGCUUCGGCAGGUGGCGUCGGUUGUCACCCCCGCACAAAUUGGCGCGCUUCUCGGAUCGGACACUGUCUUUCUGGACCUCCUUCUGGACCGUGUAUCCGACUCGAUCUGUGGAAGCGACGCUGAACCCAUGAGCCAAAGCAGCAUGCGGGAAUCCCUGGCCAAUCCUCUGGGGUUCAACACGGGCCAGAUCUUCCUCACGCUGGCCGCCGAGUCGGUCGCGCUGCUGCGCCUCCUCUUGCGGGAACCGGCGUGGACUUCGCGCGUGUCGGACGUGCUGAGCGCCGCCAUCCGAAAGGCGGCGCCCGUCGUGACCCAAGAAGCCGGCAACCCCAGCAACCUCCGUACCCGCGUGGUGGUUCUUCGCGCGAUGGGGGCCCUCUGUGUGCUCGGCGCACACUUAGACUGCCUCCGCAUCGGCGGAAAAGUCGAAGUCCAGGGGGUUUCUGCCGACGAGGCGCCGUCCGUGGCCACGCUCAUCAGCCGGACACAUGACACUGCACGAGUGGUGUUUGACGACGGCUCCAAAGUGCAGCAAGUGCGGGUUGCCGACAUGUCGCCCAUCGAAGAGAUUCCGUCGCGCGUCGUGUCGGCCAGUGUGGCGGCGCUGCUCAUGCCGCCGCUGCUCCACUUUGCCACGCUGCAAGACGACUCGCUGUGGCGCGCCCAGCUGCGAUCCCGUGCCUUGUUGGCCUUGGAAUCUUUUCUCAAGCACGAUCAUUUGCUUGCGUCCGCCGCGUCGUUGGUGGCCACGGCGCUCACGCCGUUGAAUUUUCCCGCGUUCGUCAGCACCGCCGCGUUGCAAGAGCGCAGUCGGAGCAUCCUCAGUCGCCUCAUUGAAGCCUCCACGCCGCUGGGUCCGAUGAUGUUCAAGGGACUGGCAGAUCCCACACCCAUUAUUCCAGACGCGUCCAAGCGGCAGCUGUCGGUCCCACCGCCGCCGCCACCCCCGCCGCCGCCAUCCGUGUCGGCGGUCCGGCAAGGGUUUGCGGCUACGCUGGCGUCGAUGGGGUUUGACAUGGACUUGUGCUUGAUUGCGCUCGAACAAGCGCGAGACGACCCGAAUGCUGCGGUGGAAUGGCUCAUGGGCGACGGAGCCAUCACCUACCGCCGCAACUUGGCGUCUAGUUCAACGCCGUCGUCUCACUUUCAGCACUUAUUGGACGACACAACGUGUCGCGAAGACAAGGCUCGGGAUCUGCAAGGCAUUUCCGGCAUGCCGAUGCGUCUGGUGCUGGCCGCGCUCGACAUUUGCGGAGGCGACGCCAACCGCGCGGUCGAGUGGCUGCUCGAGCACGGCCGGCGGUUCUCCACACCGCUCAAUCUGCACAUGGACGCGUUCUGCCAAGACCUGUCGGGGCUUCACGACCAAGCGGCGCUGGAAGUCGCCGAUCAAGACGACUCGCUCCUCUUAGAAGACCCGGUGACGCUGUUGCCCGCGGAUAUGUCGACGGUGUCUAUGGGGGUAGGCGCUUUUUGUUCGUCGUCCUUGUCAACCCCAAGUCAUCAUACAAGCCUCCCCCACACCGCCAGCAAUAACUACACGCCAAGUGCCAGCGUCGAUAGCUCGCUAAUGACGGCGACGUUGGCCCCAAUUGUCGCGAGGGAUCGGCAAAACGGGUGGGGGCCGCUGGACCCGACGUACUUGCCUCCGAAUGUCGUGCUCACCGUGAGCGAAACCAUCGGCCCCGUGGCGCAGCUGGCCCGCUCGGGCACGGUGGUCGCAUCGAACAAUACGUCGGCGCAUGCGACGGUGCUCUUGAGCUUUUUAAACACGGAAAACGGCGCGUUAGAGGAAGAGUAUGUGUGUGCGAUUAAGGUGAAACGAUGGAGCAAAGUGUUUGACCAAGACUUGGUGGCCGUGGACAGCAUUUACCAGGUGGCGCUGCGCACGGAACAGGCGCUGUCGACGUGUUAUGCGCGUCGGGCGUUGCUGGAAUUGCUAAGCAACGACAGCGCGACUGUGUUAACCCUCAUGGGCGGCCCCGCGCCGUUCAUCCAGAUGGUCAAGUUGGUCGUGGGGGCGUCCUUCGCCGGCAGCAACAACCAGAUCAAACCCGUGCAAGAAGCCAUCGUGCGUAUAUUGAACGACCACCCGACGCUGUCGUCGCUGUUAGUCGACGAGUGCAUUUCUCAUUUUGUGCGGUCGACGCAUAUUGCGCGGGAGGGAAACGUGAGCCAGCUGGUGCCACCACCGCCGCUCCAGUACGAAUCGCUGCACCCGUACUACCCCAAGAGCGACUACGUUGUCCACGUGGCAGUCCCACAGCACACGCCGCUGCCCGUCCGAGUUGUGUUUGACAAGCGGUCGAGUUUAUUAAACCAGGCGACACUGUCGUUCUAUUCGGAUGUGGACUGCAAGCACCUGCUCGCGGUGUUCGCAGGGCCAACCAAACACCCGUUUGCCGACACGUGGAUCAAUGUUCGGUCAUUCUGGUUCAAGUUUGUCGGCAACGACGAGUCUGAUGGGGCGACGACAGCGUACGGGUUCCGUUUCAAAGUGCAAGUGCUCCCGAGUAUGUCGUGGGCGAAUGAGCUGGACGUGCUCCACCAUCCAUCGCUCGACUAUGCGUGCUGGCUGCUCGAGUUCCUCCUCUCUGACCCCCUCUUGCCACUGCUCGUUCCAUGCCAGAUGGCCCUUGUGUACGACGCCCUAGUCCAGUACUUGCAAUCUCCCCGGGCCCCACACAAACACAAAGUGAUCCACUUAUUGCUGCAACUUGUCGUGGUAGCCCAAACCAAGGCACCCAAUCUCACUACCAUCGACGUCAGUCCUCUCCAGCGCAUGGGCGACCUCGCCAUCGCCAAGGCACAGGCAGAUAUAGCCAAAGGCCGGCCGUUCGUGUCGACGCAUCUGCUCAAACUGGUUGAAUUGGCGGUCGUGGUGGUGUCGUCAUCUCGGUGGUUCCAGCACCACGACAUGCCGUACAUCGCGCCGAUUGCGCCACCGCUGGCCGUGCCCACGGAAGCCACCAGUCUGCUUCUGAUCAUCGCUGAAACGAUGCAGCUGGCCCAUGUGUUAUUGAACGCAUCUACCCAGCGCCUAUCGCAGGAACUCGUGGUGCUCAUCUGGCUAGACAUGUACGGCGCCAGUGCCACGCUGGAGCACACGACCGCGGCCAGCGACACGCUGACCUUCCACGGCGCGCACUCGCUGCGCCUCUGCUUUGACCCGCGCUUCGACCAGCGCGCCGCCGUCCACGUCGAAGUAGGCACAUCAUCGUCCUCAUCGACUGGUCUGGUGGAGUUUGUGCCUGUGGAGGUGCUCUCAGACGUGAUGGAUGUCGUGGGCGACGUUCUCCGGUACACGUUUACUCCCUCGACGGCCCAGCCGACUAUGAGUGUGACUGUGACGGCGGUCGGGAUGUCGCUUGAGCGGCAGCUGGCGCGGUGUUCGGUCCGCGGCAUCGAAGCGAUGGCGGCGCAAAUGGUGGAGUGGACCCCUGCUAUGGACGCGCAGCUGGUCGACUGGGUGAAUUUCCACGUCGAGAGUCUGGGCGAAGGCGUCCACGCUGAGCUCCUUCCGCCAGACAUCCGGCUGCACCCGACACUCGACGGCUUGCGAUGCUCGCUCUUGUUGCACUUGCCGUGGUCCGAGAUUCAAUUGCGGUAUGCGCUACUACGAUGCUUCAAUACACGGCUAGCGGGGUGCAUUUCGCUGUUAAAUUUGAAAGAUUCAGAGUAUUCUUGGACAAUUGCCCACCAGCUGCGUCAGUUGAGCCACUGCGUAUUCCUGGAUCUUAAGCUCAAACUCGUGGAAGCCGCGAUCGAAGCCACAGUCGUUUUGCCAGACACAACCGCCUCCAAUAACGGUACGGCUCGAAUCACGUUGGAUCGGCUGCGGGCUCUCGAGUCGCGCGAAGACCGAGAGGUGGAACCGUCUAGCUCCGAGUGCUUCUUCGCCCAAGCGUUCCGCCAGCUGAAUGCCGUCGAUUCCAAGUCUCUUCGGAGGAAAAUAGACAGCAAGGGCCGCCUCUUUAGCGUCAAGUUCCGCGGCGAAGAGGGUGUCGAUUGGGGCGGGGUGUACCGCGAAGGCACGAAUUCGAUGGUCGACGAUCUAUUUUCGACGCACUUUAACUUGUUCUUGCUAUGUCCAAACGGCCAGCACAACACUGGGCUGAAUCGUGGCAUGUACGUGCCCAACAGCAAGUGCACGUCGCCCGUGGCCAUCCAAAUGUUUGAGUUUGUCGGCAAGUUGCUGGGUAUCAGUUUGCGCACCAAGGGCGACUUUCCAUUUGCAUUUUGCCCGCUCGUGUGGAAGGUCCUGCUUCGACAGCCCGUGGACGCGGCGGAUUUGGAGGGCACGGACGCGCUGGUGGUGCAGAUGCUGACUGGAAUUCGGCACUGCGACCAGGAUGGCAUCACGACCGACGGGCAGUUUCAGAGCGCGUUCGCCGACCUUGACCUGCGCUUUACAACGUUCGACUCGAACGGGCACUUAGCCGAGCUCGUGCCCGGGGGAGGCCAGAAGCGCGUGACGUUUGCCAACCGCGUCGACUACUGCGACAAGGUUGAACAGUAUCGCGUACACGAGUUCGAUGUGCAGGUCACCGCCAUGCUUCGCGGCCUCUCGACGCUCUUUCCCGUGCGCGUGCUCACGCUGCUCAACUGGCAAGAGAUGGAGAUGCUCAGCUGCGGCACCCCCAAGAUUGACAUUGCCCUGUGGAAGCAACACACCCGGUACGACGGGUACACGGACCAGGACGACACCGUUCGGCUCUUCUGGGAGGUAAUGGCAUCCUUCUCAGACGAACAGCGCUCCGACUUCGUCCGGUUCGCGUGGGGGCGCAGCCGACUGCCCCGGGGCAAGUGGCCCCAGCCGUUCAAACUCACGAAGAAGGCGGGUCGUGACAGCGUCCUCAGCCUCCCCGUCGCCCACACGUGCUUCUUCUCGGUGGAGCUGCCGCCAUACACGACCAAGGAACGCAUGCACGACAUGCUGCUCGCGACCAUCAACUUUGGCCUGGGUGGGAUCUUGAUUGCGUAGGUAUUAUUAUUACUAGUAGCACUAGGAAUAGUAGGGGGUGCGUACAGUCGUCUACUCGAGAAUAUAACCACGAACAGAGCUUUUUCACAUGUAC